CGCCCGCGGGGAGUCGCGGGGCCGGAGCCGUUGGUGGCGGUCGCCCGCCCGCUCGCGCCGCGCUAUGGAGCCGCCGCUCGCGCCGUCGCUGCCGUCGUUGGCGGUGCUGCUGCUGCUGGCCCUCGCCCUGCUCGGCUCCGCCGGUCUAACGAGAAGCCUGAGUAUAACUUCAGCUGACCAAUCAAUGUUUGAAAAAGCUCAAGGAGAAAAAGUUACGUUGCCAUGUACUUUUGUACUCUCAGAAGAAGAUGAAGGCCCACUAGAUAUUGAGUGGGUCUUGAUACCAGCAGAUAAUCAAAAGAAGGAACAAAUAAUAAUUAUGUAUGCUGUAGACAGAAUUUAUAAUCAUUAUUAUGCUGCUAUGACUGGGCGAAUGCAGUUUACCAGUUCUGAUCCCAGAUCUGGUGAUGGUUCGUUGGAUAUCCUGAAUUUAAAGUCAGCAGAUACUGGCACAUACCAGUGCAAAGUGAAGAAAGCUCCUGGAGUUCAAAGCCAAAAAAUACAGUUGACUGUACUUGUAAAGCCAGCAAGAACUAAAUGUUCCAUUGAAGGAUCACAGGAGAUUGGAAAGGACGUUACGUUGAAAUGUGCAUCACAAGAAGGAUCUCCACUUUUGUCUUAUGACUGGAGAAGAGUAUCUGGCACACAAGAACUUCCUGCCACAUCCACGCUGAAUAGAAAUACGGGCGAACUUCUCUUGAAAAAUGCGUCUCAAGAGUAUUCUGGUGUAUACAGUUGUGUUGCUUCAAACCGAGUUGGCGAAGAUGAAUGUUCUAUUGAGCUGAAUGUCACCCCUCCUAUAAAUACAGCUGGUAUAAUUGCUGGAGCUAUUGUAGGAACUCUGCUGGGUCUCUCCUUACUGGCUUUUCUCGUCUUCUGUUGCUGUAAAAAACACAGAGAGAAGAAGUAUGAGAAAGAAGUACAUCAUGAUAUUAGAGAAGAUGUUCCGCCUCCAAAAAGUCGCAGUUCAACAGCCCGCAGCUACAUAGGCAGCAAUCGUUCUUCUCUGGGCUCAAUGUCUCCCUCAAAUAUGGAAGGAUAUACCAAAACUCCAUAUAGUCAAGUCCCAAGUGAAGACUUUGAACGUACUUCUGGUCAAAACCAAACCUUUCCAUCUUCAAAGGUAGCCGCACCUAAUUUAAGUAGAAUGGGAGCUGUCCCAGUGAUGAUUCCAGCACAAAGCAAAGAUGGGUCCAUAGUAUAGAAUAUUAAUUUAAAUCCUGUUUUUUAAUUGUUCAUUAUAAGUAUUAGAGAACUAACUAUGGUGUUCCAUCCCUCAUUUAAACAACAGCAUGCAAUUUUCCUUGAAGAAAACAAAGUUAGUUUGAAAAGCCACCAAUUGUCGUUUUAAAUUUAAAACUUAUUAGUGUAUAACAGUUGAACUAUUUGCUGAAAGCACAGGAGUUCAUAAAUACCAGACACUGAAGGUGUUUGGACCUCUGGUAGGUUCCUGAAGAGACACUGUCUGUUAAUGUGCAGCUCUGAAUAUGAAACAGUAAUACACAGUUGAAAAGUAACAAAACCAUUUCGUAUGUAGACCAUGAAGUUCCUCAGAGUUCUUGAAAUUUCAUCCUCAAUUUUGGAGUAAUAGAAGUAUUUUAAUUUGGCCACUGUCUGAAGUUGCAGUGGGGCUGAAAUACCGAGGAUGGCUUUGAAUUCUGUUCAAACUCUGAGUAUUUAUGCAGCUCUUUAACUUCGUAAUGUUUAUUUGGAGUGCUUCUUGAGCUUUUAUUUCAGGGGCUGCCAGUUAUCUGAUUGGUUCAGUUAAUAUAAUUGAAUCUAUCUUGAGUUUAAAAUCUCAGUGGCUGGAAAUGCGAUAGGAGACCUUGUGAGCGCUUUGAAAUUCGAAUUUUACUGCAAUAACUAGUUUUAGUCAUGUCAGAUAACUUAAUAUUAAGUUAUCUGAUGUAAGACAUCCUAUCAAGUUGUUAGUAGUGGUAUCUAAGCUUUAAAAUCUGUAGCUCAACUGUUAUAUUGUCACAGUAAGAAUGAAUAUGUAUCUCUACAGGUCUUAAGUUAAUUGUAGCUUGUAUUUUCCAAAUCCUGCUUAGGUUCUAAGGCAGUGUUCUUACUUCUAAUAAACCAAUUACCUAGAAGUUUCAUUGGGCUUUAAUAAAGCUGUUAAUUAACUGGUAUUUGAUAUCUGUUCUCUUGCUCUCACAGUUCUUCAGAAAAAUCU